UCACCGAAUAAAGAACUGAUGACUGAUCCGAUCUGGACAGAUCGACCACGCCGCAGCAUGUGGGACACUGAAAAAAAAACAUUAAACGCGCUUCCGUCCUGUUCGAGUGUUCGGCGUGUAUCAGGGGAAGACGACUCCACCUCCGGAGGCGGGCAAUGGAGUCCGGCGAGCUCCUGCGCCGACCCGGGCCGUCCCCCGGCUCCAACGACGUCCGGGGCGGCUGGCGCGCGGCGUCCUACCUCGUCGUGGUCGCAUUCUUGGAGCGCCUCGGGUUCUACGGCGUGCAGGGUAACCUGAUCAUGUACCUGACCGGCCCGCUCGGCAUGCCCACGGCGCCCGCGGCCGCCGGCGUGAACGCGUGGGCCGGCACCGUGCAGGUGCUGCCGCUUGUCGGCGCGCUCGCCGCCGACUCGCGCCUCGGGCGGUACCGCGCGGUACUGGCCGCCGGCGUGCUCUAUCUGCUGAGCUUGGGGAUGCUGACGGCCGCCUCCGCGCAGCAAGCAGCGCAGCCUCACCCCGCGAGCUCGCCGCCGUCGACGUCUCCUGCGCACCUCACCUUCAUCUACGUCGCGCUCUACCUUCUGGCGCUGGCGCAGGGCUUCCACAGGCCGUGCGCGGAAGCCCUCGGCGCGGACCAGUUCGCGCUGAGCGACGGCGGCGACCCCAGCUCGCCCGCGUCGCGGAGCUCCUACUUCAACUGGUUCCACUUCUCCAUCUCGUGGGGCUACGCCACGUCCACGACGGCGCUGAGCUACGUGGAGGACAACGCCGGCUGGACCGCCGGGUUCGGCGCGUGCUGGGCCGCGAUGGUGCUCAGCCUAGCCGUCUUCUUGCUCGGCGCACGGACGUAUCGUGCUGAGGAACCCGUCGACGGCAGCCGAUUCGUCGAGACCGUGCGCGCAUGGGCCACGAGGUUCUUCCGUCGUAAGGAUGCCACUAGCACCCAACGACUUCUAGAUCGACAACCCGAGGAGGAUAAAGGAAAAGGAGUCGUCGUGAAGCUGCUCCCAAUAUGGUGCGGUGCCAUGGUCUACUCGGCCGUCACUUCGCAGGUCUACACUCUGUUCACCAAGCAGGGCAGCACGCUGGACCGGCGCGUCGGCACGGGGCUUGUCGUGCCACCCGCGGCGCUCCAGUGCCUGGUCAGCUUCACCUUCAUCGCCGUGCUCCCGGUGUACGACCGGGCCUUCGUGCCCCUGGCGAGGCGCGUCACCGGGCACCACGCCGGCGUCACCACGCUCCAGCGGAUCGGCGCUGGCAUGGCCAUGUCCUGCGCCGCGAUGGGCGUCGCGGCGCUCGUCGAAGGCAGGCGGCUCCGCGUGGCCACGGCCGCGGGCCUGGUGGAUAGGCCGGACGUGGCCGUGCCGAUGAGCCUGUGGUGGGUGGCGCCGCAGUACGUUCUGAUGGGCCUGGCGAUGGCGCUCGCCGACGUCGGCCUGGAGGAGUUCUUCUACGACCAGGUGCCCGACGCGGUCCGCAGCGUCGGCCUCGCGCUGUGCCUGAGCGCCAUGGGGGCAGGGAGCUACGCCAGCGGCAUGCUCGUGUCCGCGGUCGACUGGGCGACCAGGGGCAGCGGGGAGAGCUGGAUCUCCGAUAACCUCAACCGAGCGCACCUCGACUACUUCUACUGGCUCCUGGCGGGGCUCGCCGCUCUAAACGUGGCCGUCUUCUUGUAUUUUUCAAAGCGAUUUGUGUACAGGAGCAAAGGUGAGCUGUGAUGAUAGGUAGCACUGGACCUUGGUGAGCAGAAAUUAUCUGCUUGUGUGCAAAAUGUACAUCAAUGUAGUAAGGGCAUAAAGGAGAAAGGUUGUAGAGCAAAUGCCGUUUGCUAUUGGAUCGAGAUUCCGGCGUUCCAUUUCGAAGCCACCCAAACAGCAUAAAUUUAGAUGUACCAAUGCCAAUUCCAAAUUCUGCAAUAUACAAAAUAUCUACAUCCAAUUGGAGCAUAA